AUGCAGCGCGCCCAAGAAGAAGAAGAAGAGGACGACUCGCGCACUGCGACCGUAGGGCGCAAGCGGCCAAGAGACCAAGGCGCCGCCCCGUCCCCGCGCUCGUCGCCCGCCGCCUCGCAACAGAGGCUGGGCUCCGAGUCGCCUCCAUCUGAGCCGCGCGACACGCCCUCGCCCAACUCGCACCUGCUGCGCCCUGACCGCUCCCCCGACCCCCACCCCGACGCUUUCCCCCACAUGGCCGACGGCAAGCAGGCGCACGCCAAGGCGGCAGAGCUCAGCGGCGCCCAGGCCUCGCUGGAGGAAGCCUCGCAGCCCGCCGCCGACAAGCCUCGGAGGCAGAGUCUCAGCGCUAACGAUGACUUCAUUGCGUUCGGCGACAUUGGGGAAGAGGGCGAGGGCGAGGCGUCGACCGACGGCUCUGGGGACAGGAAUGGCGACGCAAAUGCUGCUGCCGCAGCGCUGGGCAAUAGCAAGAGGAAAAAGAAGAGGAACAGGAACAAAGAUAAGGACAAGGACAAGCCAAAGACAAUCAGCUUGUCCGCGACGCAAAAGACCAAGAUUCUGGGCUACGAAAAAGACCUUGCCGAAGAGUUCUUGCAGACUGAGCUGGACACGCUGUGGUCCGAGGCGCAAAACAAGCCCAAGGACUGCCAUGUGGCGUUAGUGCGCAUGCAGAUUCCCCAACGUGCUGGGAAGAAGGGCACACAUAACCUUGUGCCAAAAGAUCAGCUCAGAAAAAGCUUCUACAAUUGGGCUGGCACACAUGUGCACACGGAUCUAGUAGGCCUCUUUGAGGACCAGGCGGGCGAAGGCUCGCCCGAGAUCAACAUGCUGCUUUUGUUCAAGAGCCCGGAAGGCGCGUCGGAAGUGCACCAAAAAAUUGCCUCCUCCCCUCCUGUUUUCACCAUCACUGAGGAUGGGAGCACCAAGAACAUUGACAUUGCUGUAAGCGUGUCCGGAGAGGACGCAGCAAGGGAGCUGAUGUACAAGGGGGAUAGCAGCGGCAGAAUCGCCGUUCGUGCUUUCGCCUCGGGCAAGGCAGAUGUUGUGCAGUCCUUAAUUCUUAAUGGUAGUCUGAAGAUUGGAGACUACCCAGGGCUUCAAAACGAAAGGAAGAGAAAGAAGAUCAACGACAUAAAAGAGCCGAAAAAUGCCACCGCCCAAGGAUCCGCAGAGUCUUCCGCAGCCUCUGAGGGGCAACAGCAAGGGGCAUCAGGAGCACAAACGCCCGCAAGUGCGCUCUCUGGCACCGCCGCUUCGACAAGUGGUGCUCAGAACGGGGAGCAAGCUUCCGCGGAUGAGGUCAUAGACCUCACUGGGGGCGAAGAAGGCGAGUUACUUGGCCAAGCCGGCCAGAUGCUGCGCACUCAAAUGGCGGAUCUGUCAUCGGAAGAGCGUGAGCUCCAGACUCGCUACUUUGGCGCUUUGAAGGACAGUGAUUCAGUUCACUGCUUGACUUGCGGAUUGCUUGAACACAUGUCCGAGGUCUGCCCUUCGAGGAUAUGCAAGCACUGUCGGGCCGUCGACGUGCACACCUCAGGUGCAUGCCCGACGAUGAGCAAGUGCACGAAGUGCCGUGAGCGAGGCCAUCAGAAGAAAAACUGCCCUUCCAAGCUUGCGCGAUCCAGCGCGGACGGCUUCGUCUGCGAUUUGUGCAAGGAAAAAGGCCAUAUCGAGGAGGAAUGCGCUCUCUUGUGGCGCACAUUCAUCCCAGAGAAGGUCCCCAACAUCCACAAGGUAGCCAUGCUAACCGUCACAUGCUACCAAUGCGCCUCAGACAGACACUGGGGCGACGACUGCCCUAUGCGCCCGCGUAGGGCGUACUUCAACACCGACACCUUCUCCGCCAAGCAAGCCAAUAAAUACCUGAUCGACCCGCAGGCGGCGGCACAAGAGCGCAACGCCGGGGGCAUCUCGAUCAAGGGGCGCGCCGAGAACAACGUCAUCAACCUAGACAGCGACGACGAAGAUGACGCCGACAUGGCCAACUUCUAUGGCCGGAAAGCGCCCGCCCACGGUCCAGUGCGCGGCAGCAUCCGCAUCAACGCGAGCGGUGGGCGUGGUGGCAACGGCGGUGGCAACGGAGCGGCCCGCGGCCGGCCGUCUGGCAACAACGCGCCGCCCAUGGGCCGCUACGAGACGCGCAGGCCUCGCUCACGCUCCCGCUCCCCCAUGCCGCAUGGCGGUGGUGGUGGCUACGGCUACCGCCAGCGUGACGACGGCGGCGGACCGAAGUCGAAGCAGUCGGGCCGUGGCUGGCAGCCUCCACUACCGAAUGAGCCGCUGCCGCCUAUGCCGGGUGGACGGCGUGGGGGUGGUGGCGGCGGCAGAGGCCGUGGCGGUGGGCGCGGCGGGAAUGGAGGCGGACGCGGCGGCAGGGGUCGUGGGCGUGGCAGGUGA